GCGGAAGACUUUCGUGACUGUCACAUGACUAAAACAAACUCAUGUUGCAGUUACUUUAUGCUAGCUGUAAUUAUAAGGACGUAUUGCAAUUAUAUGUAAUGUAUUUAUACGUUUGAAAAGGUUAUUUUAGCUGGCAAAGGAGAUGCAUAUUAUUAGCCUUGGUGGUGAUUAGUGUCUGACGAGGAUAGCAGGCUAACUCCAUGCUCUUCUGUUAUAUCUUCUGGACUAUUACAGGAUUAGAGGGAGAAACAUGCCUCAAGCAGCUGAUCUCAUCAGUGGGAUGCAGAAGAUGGUUCUGUAUGAAACCAGAGCCAGAUAUUUUCUGGUGGGGACCAAUCAGGCACAGACCAAACACCGAGUCCUGAAAAUUGACCGCACAGAACCCAAGGACCUGGUGAUAAUCGACGAUAAGCAUGUGUACAACCAGCAAGAGGUACGGGAUUUACUUGGCCGUCUGGACCUGGGUAACCGCACCAAGAUUGGCCAAAAGGGUUCAUCAGGCCUGUCCAGAGCUGUGUCAGCGUUUGGCAUUGUUGGGUUUGUACGUUUCCUGGAGGGGUACUACAUUGUGUUGAUCACCAAGCGUAGAAAGAUGGCUGACAUCGGAGGACACUCCAUCUACAAAAUAGAGGACACAAGCAUGAUCUACAUCCCCAAUGACUCGGUCAGGGUUACACACCCUGAUGAAGCAAGAUAUGUUCGCAUCUUUCAGAAUGUGGACCUGUCCAGCAACUUCUACUUCAGCUACAGCUAUGACCUGAGCCAUUCGCUGCAAUACAACCUGACUCUGCUUCAGAGGCCUUAUGAACUGUGGUCAUCACCAGCGUCCUCUGCUGAGGAGGAGGAGGAGCAGGAGGAGGAGGUGCACAAGCAGAGCAAGCAGGACAGCUUUGACAUCUUUGAAGAGGAGGGUUUGCCAACACAAGUGGUUUAUGGCCUCCAGAACGAGCCGUACUACAAGUACGUGUGGAACGGUAAGCUGCUGGAACGAGUCAAGGACACGGUGCAUCACGACUGGCUUAUGUAUAUCAUCCAUGGCUUUUGUGGCCAGUCCAAGCUUCUGAUCUACGGCCGACCGGUUUACAUGACCCUCAUUGCCAGACGCUCCAGCAAAUUUGCCGGGACCCGCUUCCUCAAAAGAGGAGCCAACUGUGAGGGGGACGUGGCUAAUGAGGUCGAGACAGAGCAAAUCGUCCAUGACGCCUCCGUCAUGUCUUUCACCGCGGGAAGUUACUCGUCAUACGUCCAGGUGCGAGGUUCUGUCCCACUCUACUGGUCCCAGGACAUUUCAACUAUGAUGCCUAAACCCCCGAUACGACUGGACCAAGCUGACCCAUAUGCUCAUGUAGCUGCCCUUCAUUUUGACCAGAUGCUGCAGCGCUUUGGCUCUCCAAUCAUCAUCCUCAACCUGGUCAAGAAACGAGAAAAGAGGAAACACGAGAAGAUUCUUAGUGAAGAGCUUUACCCGGCUGUGACCAACCUGAAUCAGUUCCUCCCUCCAGAAAACUGGAUCGACUACAUCGCCUGGGACAUGGCACGCUACACUAAGAGUAAGCUGUGCAAUGUUCUGGACCGUCUGAGCAUGAUAGCAGAAAACGUAGUGAAGCGGACAGGUUUCUUCAUUAAUCGGCCCGACUUCUACUGUCACACCCUCAGACCAGAUGACAGGUGGGGAGAUUUAGGUGGACAUGUCAUAGCCAGUGGACACGUGCAGACCGGUGUGUUGCGGACAAACUGCGUGGACUGUCUCGAUCGGACCAACACCGCCCAGUUCAUGGUGGGAAAGUGUGCCCUGGCCUAUCAGCUUUACGCACUGGGAAUGAUUGACAAGCCCAAACUCCAGUUUGACACUGAUUGUGUGAGGCUGUUUGAGGAGCUUUAUGAGGACCAUGGAGACACACUGUCGCUGCAGUACGGCGGCUCCCAGCUGGUCCACAGGGUCAAAACCUACCGCAAGAUCGCUCCCUGGACACAACACUCCAAGGACAUCAUGCAGACACUGUCGCGAUACUACAGCAAUGCUUUCUCUGAUGCUGACAGACAGGACGCCAUCAACCUGUUUCUUCAGGUCUACCAGCCGUCUGAGUCCAAGCCGCACCUUUGGGAGCUGCCCACUGACUUCUAUCUGCACCAGAGAAACUCCAUGGCGCUCCCCCAAGACAGACGCAGCUACACUUUAUGGUGGUCAAAAGGAAUCCUGUCAUACCUUCCUGUGCCCUAUGAUGAAGUCCCCUGUGAGGACACCAUGAAGAAGGUCAAAGUGAAGAGGGUGAACCGCUUCGAUGAGAGCAUUGACAUCUACACUGAAUUCUUCAAACCAUAUGAACUCACCUCCUUUGAUGACACAUUCUGCAUCGCCAUGACUAACUCUGCAAGGGAAUUUAUGCCCAAGACGGUCGGAGUGGAUCCGAGCCCAUUCACGGUCCGCAAACCGGAGGAAACGGGAAAAUCAGUGCUUGGCAACAAGAGCAAUAAGGAGGAGACGUUGCUGCAGAGGAAGACAGCAGCCAGCGCACCUCCUCCCCCGAGUGAGGAGGCCAUCAGCAGCUCCUCAGAGGACGACUCCGAGGAGGACCGCGACGAUGACGGCUCCGUGUCCCAGCGCUCCACCCCAAUCAAACUGCUAACAGAGUCCGGGGACAGCAAUCGCACACAAGAGGAGAUCCAGCACCAGCAGCAGGCAGUGAAGGAGCCAUACGGACUCAAUCUGGCUGAGUCUCCGGCUGCGGAAGAUCUGCACAUUUAUCAAAGGUUUGCACAUCUGGGCCAGAGCCAGCACAGAGUGGAAAGAACUGACCACAUAAUCUCUGCAAACAUCAUCUGCUUAGAGCCGGUGUCCUGCUUCCCCGGGGACAGCAUCUACGCCGUUUCCCUUCCACAGGUGGACCGAGACAGCCGCAACGAGUUCGAGAGCAAUGUGAUGACAGGCCAGGGCCAAGUGAGGGUGCUAUGCAGGGAGGACAUGUUGAUGUACAGGGAGUACGUCAAGAACAGAUACAUGUGACACUCCCACAGAAAAGCAAGAACUGGAUCUCUGUUACUAAAUUGAGAUGAUAUGCUGCACAUCAUUACAUCUUUAUGACUUGAUUUGACUUUUAGCAUUUCGUUUGUAGCUACAACAUGAAGCAAGCUGAUCCAAAAUGAGAAUAAACGACCUUUAUAUUCUUUCCUUUGUAAACUAUGCAGAUGGACUUUUUUCUGUUUCAGUUGCUCCGAAUGUUAUCUUUAGUCUAUUUAGUCAAAUAAGCUAACUCCAUUUUUUUUCUCCUUGGAUUAAAUUUUAAUCACAACACUUUUAAGAAAGUAAAUUAAACCUUUUGUUCAUUUUGAACAUGUGAACUGAUGUCAAUCUUUUUGACUCUGAAAUAUUAGGAAUCUUAAAUGUUCAAUCAUAUAUAUAUUUUUUUUUAUUAACCAUUUUUUGUUUUAAAAGCUGUGACAGGAGUAUGCAUGUCUUUUUAAAUGUACAAACCCGUUAAGAGCAACAGUUUUUCUACUCUUACUUUUCUUUUUUAUGCUUAGUCAUUUCAUUUUUAAAAUUGUCUUAUUAUUCUUUAGAUAAAAAUCAAAGCGGAAUUCUCUGUCCAGACUAAACACGUCACUGAUGCCCUGAUAUUGAGGAUUUGAUCAAACUGCAAUCCUUGUUUAUACACAUGCAGAUUUAUUUUCUUUUUUUUUUUAAAUGCAUAUCUGAUAUGUCGGCUGAUCAUUUUGUGAAGCAGUUGUAAAUUAAACUUUAAUUUAUUAAAAA